GGAGAUUUUUAAAGCUGAUCGCCUUCGGGUCAACUUGCAACUGGUUGUCAAUCGCCUAAAACUCCUGGAAAGAAAGAAAACCGAGCAGGCCCAGAAAGCAAGGAAGGAGGUCGCUGACCAUCUGGCUGCUGGGAAAGAUGAACGAGCUCGGAUCCGAGUGGAGCACAUUAUACGGGAAGACUACCUCGUGGAGGCCAUGGAGAUCCUGGAGCUGUAUUGUGACCUGCUGCUGGCCCGGUUUAGCUUGAUCCAGGCCACAAAGGACCUGGAUUCUGGUCUGGCUGAAUCUGUGUCUACACUAAUCUGGGCAGCUCCACGACUCCAGUCAGAGGUGCCUGAGCUGAAAAUAGUAUCUGAUCAGCUGUGUGCAAAGUACAGCCAAGAGUAUGGUCAGCUGUGUCGAACCACUGAGAUUGGAACUGUCAGCUCUCGGCUAAUGUGUAAAUUAAAUGUGAACAGUCUACCCCAGGUUUUAGUGGAACAGUAUCUGAUAGAAAUUGCUAAGAACUAUAAUGUGCCAUAUAAAUCCAAGGCAACCAUCAUGGCUGAAGCCCCGGCAGACCUGGUUAGUGUUGGACUUACCGAGGAGGCCAAGAAAGGCGCCCUUGACGGCGGAGGGGGAACUGUAGCAGGACCUGGGCAUCCAGUUUGGGCAUCACCAAUAUCUGCGCCAGAGCCUUUACCUGUGCCGUCCCCGGUCCCUUGUUUCUCAUCCCUUCCUCCUGGAAGACAGAAUGACUCCUUUAAGAAUGAUUUGCGUCCUAUACUGGUUCCUGGUCCAGGAUUCAACCCUCAAACUUCUCCAAAGCCAGCAUCAAGAACCAAGAUUGGUUUUGAUAACUUUAUGCUGCCUGAUUUGCCUGAUAUAAAACCUCAAGCAAGUCUUUCCAUUGACCCUUAUGACUCUGAGGAAAUUGACUUUGAAGAUCUUGACCGGAGACUUGAAAUGCUGAAGAAAACCACAUAAUUCCUUAAUCCUGGAUUGAGUACUUGCCUGGGAAUUAGAACCCUUGGGCACAAAUUUUAAUAUGGCCAUGU